CAUUGCCAAGAACACUGAACAAGAAGAAGUGUUUGCACAGGGAUGCUGCCAAGAUAGAAAAACCCUGUAAAGAAAGAAGGAGAGUGCUUGAGCAGAAGGAGCGUAUUCUCUGCAGGUGCCUCUGCCCACCACACCAAGCAUAACGCCACCAGGAAGAUCCCCACCUGCAAACUAGGCCAGCUUCCCCAAGAGAGAGCAGGCCUCCUCGUCGCCUUCAUCAUGAACUGGCACAUGAUAAUCUCUGUGCUUAUCACAGUGGUGCUUAAAACUGUUGGAAUGACUUUAUUUCUGCUUUAUUUCCCACAGAUUUUUGGCGGAAGUCAAGUCAACUUCCUUCCCACAGAGAGCUAUGGAACAGUUCCACAGACUAUCGGGAGCAGUAAUGUCAGCAUAGUUCCCACAGAGAGCUCUGGCACAGCUUGCUCCAGAGGGUGGUAUUUUUAUCAAAGAAGAUGCUUUUUGCUGUCCCCUUUUGAACUGUCCUGGAACAAAAGCAGAGACUUUUGCAAAACAGAAGGAUCCACUUUGGCCAUUGUCGACACAGCAGAGAAACUGAAAUUUCUCCAGGACAAAACUGGUGCUGAGAAGUAUUUUAUUGGCUUAUACCAGCAAGCAAAGAACAGAUGGCGUUGGAUUGAUAACUCCAUAUUCAACGGCAACGUUACCAAUCAGCACCAGAAUUUCAACUGUGUGACUAUAGGCCUAACAAAGGCAUACGAUGCUGCAUCCUGUGACAUCAGCUUCCGCUGGAUCUGUGAGAAGGCAGCCAUAUGACUGCAGUUCUCUGUGGCCUCUGACAAGAACAACGAAUACACUUUUGGAGAAAGCAAGAAUAAUAUAAUUGGGAUUGGUAUAGGAAAUGCAGAAUACCAAAUUAGUGCAUCUCCAUCUUCCACAGGUCACUGACAGAGCUCCCUAACAAAUCCUUGGGGCUAGUGCUCCACAGCCCCUCCACAAAUACACUCACAUACACACAACAGAGGCAAACUCCCCAUUCUGGGCUAGCAACACCCCAGAGACUCCCCUUCCUUUGUUCACAAGUUCCCCCAACCCCACCUACCCCAGGUGGGAUAGGAGAGGCCCUCCUCAGUCUGAAUUGAGGCCAGGCCUAGGGAAGAGUUCUGGGAGCCAAGCUUGGAGCAGAGAAAGCAUUGUUCACAGGAAUGGACAGGGGCCUGGCCAGGGCAGGAAUCUCCCAGAGAAUCCCUUUAAAAAUAACCAGACAGCCGGGGACAAAGCAAACUGAUCAAUGUUUUUCAACAAAGCCCUGAAGAGAUACUCAGGCUUAAAUUUUCCUGGUCUUGACCUGAAUCUUCAUUUUAGUAGAUUUCUAUUACCUGACCAUGCUUUUUGAAUGUAUUUUAAGAAUUUAUAAUAGUCUCCUGGGUUCUAGUGGUCACAAAAUAUUCCUACCUGCAGUUUAGAGAGACCCUGCUACCAGGUACAGCCUCGUGACCCAAAGAUGUCACAGCCUUAAAGUGACCGGCAUCACACCAACCUAGAACUGGUCCAGUUGACCAAGGAGUAAAAAAGAGGAGGACUGCUCAAGGAAACAUAGGGUAUAGACAAGAAGUAGACAUAUAGUAGAGAGGAAACACCAGGGACAAACAGAAAUCACAUGCAGGAGGAAACAGAGUUCAUUUGGUCAUACUGGAAGAAAGGAAAGAAAAAGGCAGAAAAGUCUUCGGGCAUCCUGACUAUUCUCUGCACUUGCAACAAAACAUCAGCCACAUACCCUCCUCAGUAAAUGGAAAGGAAAAAAGAAAUACCUGUGUAUUUGGAGUAACAAGAAUUAAUCCAUAAGGGAAGACUGUAUUAAACUAAUGGAAAUUACAGUCACCUAAGUAAACUGCUCACCAUUUGUGUCUAAUAACAACAUACUACAAUGACUGUGUAUAUCAUCAGUUGGAUGCUGAAGAAAAUUAUUGUCUUAUUGUCGGUUAUAAUACUAAGCUCUGUUCCUAUAUUCCUAGGCUUCAUAAUCUUUGUCCAAUUACUAUGGCCACUUAUAAUUUAAAAAAAUGAGAUAAUGCAUUAAGUGUUAGAAGUUGCUUGAAGGAGGUUACCAGAAAUAAUUUGUGUUUGGGGUGGAGUGGCUGUGGUGUUAGCAAAGAAUAAAUGCUGUGAAUGAGGUAGGGGGAGAGGCUGAGUCUAUGGUAGAUAAAGAAAUAAACAGAAUUCUACACCAAAGGCAAGCCCCAGAAUCCAGACAACAGAAGGAAAACCACAACCCUUCCGUUUUGAGAAGGGAGAACUGUGGUUGCCACACUUCCUGCUUUAUGACAGAAUAAAUUUCAGACUUCCAUAGUCAGGAAAUGUAGGCAUCUAGUAAUUUCCCUAGUAGCCCAAUUUCCCCCAAGAUGAGGACAUACUUCUGUGAAAGUUCUAAAAGAGGCCCAGUGGGCUGGGGUGGGAGUAGGGAGCAUAUAGGGAAUAUGGACCCUUUGGUUUUAAAUUCAUUACUGGGGGAUGCAGGGUUUGCUGGAUCCUUGAGAGGGUAGAUAAAUGUGACCUUACUGGGCAGCAGUGGUAUGUGGUUUGUUUUUUUUUUAAGCAAUGGAAAUUUAGUAAACCACCUGAUUAGAGUUUUUGACUUUGCUUCCAAUAUGCAAUGUGGAUCUGUAUAGAUUUCUUACUCAUUCUGCCCCUUAAUUUCUUUACUUAUAAAAUGAGGCAGUAAUACCCUUCUCACAAAAUUCUUGUGUAUAUUAAAUAAAAUGUCCACUAUGUAUCUCAGUGGCAAUAAACAAUAUGGGAAGCACUUUGCGGAAGAUUUGAAGUUGAGAUUUUUAUCCAAGAAGAGCUCUUCAAUUUGCUAAAAGCUGAAAUGUAGGAAAGCCACUUGAUUUCUCAGAAUUUCUGUUCACUCACUUAUAAUAUGGGAAUAAAAAUGCACCCAAGUCAGGAAGAGGUGCUUCAAAAA